CCGGGGCGGCGGGGCAGCUCAGUCAGGGGGGCGGCCUGGAUCACCGCAGGCAUCCCGGGAGGCCGGGCUGUGGGAGCCCCUGGAGGGCUGAGCAUCCGCGGGCCUUCGGCGGGAACUGAGGGGAACCCGGCUCCCACGAUGUUUGCCCAGUGCUCCCGGAAUUCUGUGAGCCCCGUGGUGCUGCUGGUGCUGCUGGGCUGCCUCCUGUGCCCCCCAGCACAGGCCAGCAAGAGCUCCGAGGACAUUCGCUGCAAGUGCAUCUGCCCCCCGUACCGGAACAUCAGCGGGCACAUCUACAACAAGAAUGUGUCCCAGAAAGACUGCAACUGCCUGCACGUGGUGGAGCCCAUGCCAGUGCCCGGGAACGACGUGGAGGCCUAUUGCCUGCUCUGCGAGUGCAAGUACGAGGAGCGCAGCACCACCACCAUCAAGGUGAUCAUCAUCAUCUACCUGUCGGUGGUGGGGGCCCUGCUGCUGUACAUGGCCUUCCUGGUGCUCGUGGACCCCCUGAUCCGCAAGCCCGACCCCUACACCCACCCCCUGCACAACGAGGAGGAGAGCGAGGACACUCGCUCCUUGGCCGCAGUGCCCACCCCGGCCGGAGCCAGAGCCAACACGGUGCUGGAGCGCGUGGAGGGGGCCCAGCAGCGCUGGAAGAGGCAGGUGCAGGAGCAGAGGAAGACGGUGUUUGACCGGCACAAGAUGCUGAGUUAGAUCCCUGUGGGCCCUCGGCAGCGCUUCCCAGGACACGGGGCAGCUCCUGGAGCAGCCGCACAGGGAUCACCGUCAGGACACGCGGGGUUGGACCGAAAGCUCGAACCCUUCCCUGAUUCACCGUCUCCAUCAGCCCCAAAUGCCUCCCCUGGUUCUGCCCCCUGCCCUUCCCCUCUCAGAGCCCAGAGGCUCCUUCCCCUGCCUGGCUGUGUGUGGAAGCCCCAGACUCCUGGGGCUCCAUCAGCCCCCCCCAGAUCAGACAGGGACCUCAGCACGGAGCGCUGGGAGCUGGCUGAGUCUUCCACGGAUAAAAACAGUGGGGUAAUUUUGAUGUGGGAUAAAUUGUGUGAUGCUCUUCCAGGAUGAAGCAGCCACUUCCUCCUCCUCUUCCUCCGGCGUGCACUGAUGUUAACUGGGCAUUGUGGUGCACGUGUGCAGCACUGGAAGGAAGAGGAGGGGGUUCCUGCCAGCUGCUGCUUCCACUUAUCCUGGUGUACAUGGAGAGAUUCC